CUAGGCUUGUUGAAAAUAUAUCGAUGUAUCGAUAUAUCGAUAUUUUUUGUUCGAUAUAUCGAUAUUUUUUGCCGAUAUAUUUUGAUUCGAUAUAUCGAUACAUCGAUACAAAAUAACCAAUAUCGAAAUUCGUAUCAAAAACGAUAUUUUUUUAAUUAUUAGCGGCAUAUCACGAUCUAACUAAAUUCGUAUCUGGAAAAAUCGUAACUGGAUCUCAGAUUAAUGAUAUUCAACAUACCUAUGAUCUGUGCUGUAUUUAGUAUUGUCUAUGUCAUCAUUCGAAAAUAGGGUCUAUUUUUAGGGAGAUAAUUUUCGUUCCAUUAUUAUUCCGCGUGUCAUAUUUCGUGAGCUUCUGUACGAUAUUUUUGAGAAAAUUGGUCCGAUAUAUCGAUAUAUCGAUGUUUUUUUCGCGAUAUAUCGAAGCCGAUAUUGAUAUUUUUUAAAAUAUCGAUGUAUCGAUAUAUCGAUAUUUUUUUCAACUUUCGACAUCCCUACAAGCGUCGUGGCGCGGUGGCGCGUCACGCGUGCAGAUUCUGCCAAUCGGCACGUAGGCGCGGGUAGUUCCGCGGGCGGGGGCGCUAUAGCGCCGCAGUCCCGCGCGCGUGUUUGAGCCGAUUCGCCCACUGGCAACGCGUCCCGAUGCGUAGCGCAGAUCACGCGGUACCGCGCUGCAGUUGAUGUAUCAUCCAAUCCAGAUGCAUAAGGCAAACAUUUUGACAAUUUGCAACAACAGACUUUGGUCAUCAACAAGCAUUUUUUCAAGUCUUCUUACAAAGAUUACAGUAAAAUAACACUACCUUCUGGUGGUGCUGUUUCGAUGAGUGAGGUUCCAGAGCUCCGCAGGAUAGGGUGACUACUCUGACCUUUGGGUCAGGGUAGGCAAUGGAGUUUUACUUGAGAAAUUGAUGUUCACGUGUGCGCAUAAUAUAAAAAAUAUUUACAUACUAAUAAAACCUACGGAUGGGCAGAGUAUCGACGAAAAAAUGUCAAAAUUCUUUGAUUCAAGGGCAUUCGAAAGAUUACGUGAACAUAACCCAAACUUCAGAUCGAAGAUAAUACCUCUAACUGGCGACAUCACGAAGAAAUCUAUUGGUCUCAGUGAAAAUGACAUCUUUAUUCUUCGUAAAGAGGUAUCUGUAGUCUUUCAUUCAGCGGCGGAUACUUCCUUCCAACUGAGUUUGAGUGAAGCCAUUAUUAUUAAUACAAAAGCUACUGAGGAACUUUUGAAAAUCUGCAAAGACAUGCAUCAAUUGAAAGCUUUUGUAUACGUAUCAACUGCUUACAGUAACUGCAAUAGACCUAUUAUUGACGAAAAAGUAUACCCUACCGAUGUGAGCCUGGAAACAGUAUAUGAACUGCUAGAGUAUUCCAAGAGUGACAAAUUGAUUGAAUUUUUAUUUAAUGGAAGACCGAACGCUUACACAUAUUCGAAGGCUCUUUCGGAAGAACUAGUACAGAAUUACGGCAACAUCAUACCAUCCAUCAUCAUCCGUCCUUCAAUUAUCACAUCGUCAAUAAAGGAGCCGUAUCCUGGUUGGUUGAGUGGGUGGAAUGGCCUAAAUCAAGUGAUUCUAUCUGGUAUGAAGGGAUACCUGAGAUGUUGGUUUGCGGAUGAUUCGUGCAUCGCCGAUACGAUUCCCGUGGACUAUAUAGCCAAUGUCAUGAUUGUUUCAGCGUGGGAUGCACAUGAGAGAAGGUUGAAAAAUGACAAGCAAUUAAAAGUAUUCAACUGCUGUUCCGGUCUUCAGAAUCCAAUAGAUACAGGAAAUAUGAUGUCGAUUUGUUUGGAACAUAAUAAAAAACAUGAAAAAGAUAAAUCUAAAGCAAACACGAUGUUCAUAAUUCGUAAAAACUUUUACGUUUACUUUUUUUAUUUUCUGGUUCUGCAUUUGAUACCUGCUCUUAUAAUAGAUGUUUUUUAUUUUCUAUUGGGAAGAGAAAUGUUAAUGUGCACUAAUUUGAAGAAGAUCAAGCGUUUUUCGUCAAUAUUGAAGGUUUUCUGCUUCAACCAGUUUCUAUUCAUAGACAAAAACGUUAGGAGGUUACAUCAAGCCUUGAACGAAACAGAUAAAGUUCUGUUCGACUUCGACGUGAGAAAUAUACAAUGGAGAGUUUACCUUAAAGACUUUGUAAUCGCUUUGAAGGAAUACGAUAAAACAUCAAGGACCGUUAAAAUUUAGGAAAUAAUGUAAUCGAUGGGAAACUCAAAUAAACUAUUUAUUCUGCUGUAUUAUAUUAUGUAGACAUUGUUGGUGUCCAGGUGAAUGAUAUCCACCUAUAUUUUAAUCUCAUAUCUCUCAUUACAAAGUUGUUAAUGCCGUAGAAUACACACGAUAGGUAUACAGGUGUUGAUUUUUUAUUUCAAAAAUUUUUAUUUUCCUUGCGAGAGCUACAUAAACAUUUAGGUACGUCGAUAUCGAUGCCAUGUAUUUAAUGUUGUCGACUAUUUUACAAUGUAAUUAUGAAAGUAUAGUACAACUUUAUUGUUUAUACAACAUUUAUUUAUUUAUUUUUUUAUUUAUUUAUCAUCAACAAGUUUCAACAGCGUUUUACACAAUAUAAUCUAAUAUAAAAUUUUAAACGGUACUUUAGCCAAUUACAGAAACUCACUUUGUAUUCAAUUUAAAAAUUAAAAUGAUAACGUAGGGUAGAAAUUACAAAUUAACAAUAAUAUAAAAGAAAUACCAACAAAGAUUCAAAUUAAUUUUGCGAUACAUUAUUAUGAAAGCCCAGUAAAACAUUAUUUACAGUACAAUAAUAGAGUCAUAAUCAUAUUGUAAAAUAGUCAACAACAUUAAAUACAUUGCAUCGAUACCGACGAACGAAAAAAAUUACAAUUAAACAUUCACCUGGACACCAACAACGUCUUUAUAAUAUAAUACAGCAGAACAAAUAAUUUAUUUGAAAUUUAUGUAGCUGGCAACAUUUACGUCUAAUCAUUUUAAAAAUAUACAAGUGUGGGA